UCAAUUGAAAUCAAACAAGCAAACUGAACACAUCGCUAAGCAUUAGCUAAGCAAAACAAGCGCAGCUGGAAAGCUAAAUAUUCUGCAACAGAGUAAUAAAUUAAAGUGAAUUAAGUAAAAUAACUGCUAUUUAUCAAGAAGUUAUUACUGAAGUAAAGAGGAACAAGUUAGAAACAUCAAACUAUUAAUUGCCAAGUAAGAAGAAAGACACAAAAUGCCAGCUAUUGGAAUCGAUCUGGGCACCACGUUCUCCUGCGUGGGUGUCUACCAACACGGAAAGGUGGAGAUAAUCGCCAACGAUCAGGGCAACCGCACCACCCCGUCCUAUGUGGCCUUCACAGACUCGGAACGUCUCAUCGGCGAUCCCGCCAAGAACCAGGUGGCCAUGAAUCCCAGGAACACGGUGUUCGACGCCAAGCGCCUCAUCGGGCGCAAGUAUGAUGACCCCAAAAUCGCGGAGGACAUGAAACACUGGCCCUUCAAAGUAGUAAGUGACGGCGGAAAGCCCAAGAUCGGAGUGGAGUUUAAGGGAGAGGCCAAGAGAUUUGCUCCUGAGGAAAUCAGCUCGAUGGUGCUGGCCAAGAUGAAGGAGACGGCAGAGGCUUAUUUGGGCGAGAGUAUCACGGACGCUGUCAUCACGGUGCCUGCCUACUUCAACGAUUCCCAGCGCCAGGCCACCAAGGACGCUGGUCACAUCGCCGGCCUAAAUGUGCUCCGCAUCAUCAACGAGCCCACAGCGGCGGCACUGGCCUACGGGCUGGACAAGAAUCUCAAGGGAGAGCGCAAUGUGCUAAUUUUCGAUCUGGGAGGCGGCACUUUCGACGUCUCCAUCCUGACCAUCGACGAGGGAUCGCUUUUUGAGGUGCGUUCCACCGCUGGAGACACUCAUCUUGGUGGCGAGGACUUUGACAACCGACUGGUGACCCACCUGGCGGAUGAGUUCAAGCGCAAGUACAAGAAGGAUCUGCGCUCCAACCCUCGUGCCCUGCGACGCCUAAGGACGGCUGCCGAGCGGGCCAAGCGCACACUUUCGUCCAGCACAGAGGCCACCAUCGAGAUUGACGCAUUGUUUGAAGGUCACGAUUUCUACACUAAGGUGAGCCGUGCCAGAUUCGAGGAGCUGUGCGCGGACCUCUUCCGCAACACCCUGCAGCCCGUGGAGAAGGCCCUUACUGACGCCAGGAUGGAUAAGGGACAGAUCCAUGACAUCGUGCUCGUCGGCGGGUCGACGCGCAUCCCCAAGGUGCAGAGCCUGUUGCAACAGUACUUCAACGGAAAGAGCCUGAACCUUUCCAUCAAUCCUGACGAGGCAGUGGCCUACGGAGCCGCAGUCCAGGCCGCUAUCCUUACUGGAGACCAAAGUGGCAAAAUUCAAGAUGUGCUGCUGGUGGACGUGGCUCCACUCUCACUGGGAAUUGAGACCGCUGGCGGGGUCAUGACCAAGCUGAUCGAGCGCAACUGCCGGAUACCUUGCAAGCAGACCAAGACGUUCUCAACGUACUCUGAUAAUCAGCCCGGAGUCUCCAUUCAAGUAUAUGAAGGCGAACGUGCAUUGACCAAGGAUAACAACGCACUGGGAACUUUUGAUCUGUCUGGCAUUCCACCAGCUCCAAGGGGUGUGCCCCAAAUAGAGGUUACCUUCGACAUGGACGCUAAUGGAAUCUUGAACGUUGCCGCUAAGGAGAUGAGCACUGGAAAAGCCAAGAACAUUACGAUCAAGAACGACAAGGGACGACUCUCACAGGCUGAAAUUGAUCGCAUGGUGAACGAGGCUGAGAAGUACGCUGACGAAGACGAGAAGCAGCGCCAGCGCAUCACUUCUAGAAAUGCUCUGGAGAGCUACGUUUUCAAUGUAAAGCAGGCUGUGGAGCAGGCCCCCGCUGGCAAACUGGAAGAUGCCGACAAGAACUCUGUCUUGGAUAAGUGCAACGACACUAUUCGGUGGCUGGACAGCAAUACAACCGCCGAGAAGGAGGAGUUCGACCACAAGCUGGAGGAGCUCACCCGCCACUGCUCUCCCAUCAUGACAAAGAUGCACCAGCAGGGAGCGGGAGCCACUGGUGGUCCUGGAGCUAACUGCGGCCAGCAGGCUGGAGGUUUCGGCGGCUACUCAGGACCGACUGUCGAGGAGGUCGACUAAAGCCAAAGAGACUUACAAAAGGAUACAUUCCUAGCUUAAGUUAUAAAAUGUGAUAAGAAUCAAUUGAUUGCCAUUCUCAAGGAAAAUGUAUAUUGUUCUAAUUACAGUAUUGCAAUCCUAAGUUAGAAACAAAUUGUUAUAAGCUUAAUUAGCAUUAUGAAAAUAAAUACAUUAUUUAUUUUACUUUUUAAACAUCUA